CCCCAAUUUCCACCGCGGCCAAUUCAUGGACAGGAACUACCCCAGCGCCGGCUUCGGGGACCCGCUCGGCGCCGGGGCGGGAUGGAGUUACGAGAGGUCAGCCAAAGCUAGCUUGGUCUAUGGCAGCUCCAGGACCUCGCACCCUGAGACGGACAUCUUGCACCGCCAGGCCUACGCGGCCCCCCACCCACUGCAAAGCUAUGCCACUAACCACCAUCCAGCAGGCCUCUCUGGACUCUUUGACACUGGCCUCCACCAUGCAGGCUCCGCCGGGCCUGACCCCUCCGUCAUGAACCUUAUCUCGGCCCUGGAAUCCCGGGGCCCCCAGCCCGGCCCCUCUGCGUCCUCGCUUCUCUCUCAGUUUCGCAGCCCUUCCUGGCAAACAGCCAUGCACACUCCAGGCCCCACGGAGCUCUUCAUCUCCGGCGCCCUGCCUGCUUCCAGCACCUUCCCGUCUUCCUCCGCCCUGUCAGCUUACCAGCACCCGGCCUCCUUCGGCAGCCGCACUUUCCCCGUGCCCUCGUCCCUCAGCCUGCAGGACCCCCCGUUCAGUCCCCCAGCUAACGGGCUCCUCUCCCCCCAUGACGUGCUCCACCUGAAGCCGUCGCAGGCCCCGACGGUCUCAUCCUCACUGGGAUUUGAGCGCCUGGCGGGCAGUGGCGUCCUGGGGCCCGCAGGGCUAGGCCCGGCUCAGACCCCUCCUUACCGUCCGGGCCCUCCAGAUCCGCCACCCCCUCCCCGUCACCUCCCUGCCCAGUUCAACCUCUUGGCUUCCUCUUCUGCUGCCGCUGCUGCCGAGCAGUCCUCCCCACAGCUCUACAACUUCUCAGGGGCUGCCCCGGGUCCCCCGCCCCCCGAGAGGGCCCUGCCCCGGCAGGACACGGUCAUCAAGCAUUACCAGCGGCCGGCCAGUGCCCAGCCCCCGCCCCCUGCCCAUGCCCUCCAGCACUACCUGAGCUGUGGGGGCAGCUACCCCUCCAUGAGCCACCGGGCCAACCUAGCCUGCAGCCCCCUUGGUGGCGGGGAGCCCUCUCCGGGCGCCGGCGAACCCAGUAAGGCCGGGCCCAGUGGUGCCACCGCUGGGACGUCUGGCCGGGCAGCGGGCCCCGAUGCUGCUGGGGGUGGUGGGGCUGGAGGUGGCGGUGGCUACCGGCCCAUCAUCCAGUCUCCCGGUUAUAAGACUGGCAAAGGCGGUUAUGGAGCUGCUGCCGGUGGUGCCAGCCGGGCCCCCCCACCCCGCUCCACUGCCACCCCCAAAUGCCAGAGCCUGGGGGGUCCCACGGCUGCCUAUGGUACCGGGAAGGCCUCCGGGGCUGGUGGGGCGGCCGGCCAGGCUUAUUCUCCUGGACAGCCCCAAGGGUUGCUCGGCCCCCAGGCCUACGGGCAGGGUUUUGGGGGAGGCCAAGCGCAGGACUUGAGCAAAGGCCCUGGCUACUCCGGUGGUCCCCCGCAGCCCCCCAGUGGUCCCCCGCCUCCUGGCCUGGCCACGUGUCAGAGCUACUCCCCCGACCAGCUACAAGGGCAGCUGUAUGGGGUGCAGGGGGAGCCCUACCCCGGGCCCGCCGCCCACUCCCAGGGCUUACCCACUGCCAGCCCCUCGCUCAGCUACAGCACCGGCCACUCACCGGCGCUGUCUGGCCACGGCGGGGGCUGGGGGCCCAGCUCCCUGGCCGGGGGCGGUGAGGCCAGCCCCUCUCACAUCAUCCGGCCCCUGCAGUCCCCCCCUGCCCCUGGCCGGCCACCUGGCGUGAGCUCCCCAGGAGCCCCUGGGAAAUAUCUAAGCUCCGUCCUGGCUUCUGCCCCGUUCCUGGCUCCCCCCGGGGCCGGCAGCUAUGCCGGGGGUACGGGGGGCUACAAGGGCAAAGGGGACGGCUCCGAGCUGCUGGCAGGCCCCGGGGGGCCCCCGACGGAGCGCACGGAGGACGAGGAAUUCCUCAUCCAGCAUCUCCUGCAGGCGCCCAGCCCCCCGCGGACCUCAGGGGCAGACAGCCUGGUGGGUGAAGACGGGGCGGCUGAUGCGUCCAAGGGACUUGGGGGGAGCGGUGGGGCCGGGGGUCCCCCGGGCACACCCUACGAGCUGGCCAAGGAAGACCCCCAGAGGUACCACCUGCAGAGCGUCAUCCGCACCAGUGCCAGCCUGGACGAGGGUGCUACGGCCGCCCUGGAGCUGGGCCUGGGGAGGCUGAAGGAGAAGAAGAAGGGGCCAGAGCGGGGGGGCGAGACCCCCGAGGGGCUGGCCACGUCCGUCGUCCACUAUGGCGCCGGGGCUAAAGAGUUAGGGGCCUUCCUGCAGAAGAGCCCCCCACCCCCGGCCCCCUCUGCCCCGCCAGCUCCGCCACCCCCACACGGCCUCCUGCUGGACGCAGGGGGCCCUGACCUCCCGCUAGUGCUGCCCCCUCCACCCCCACACCUGCUCCCCUCGGUCCUCAGCCAUGCCCCCAGUCCCUCCCCGAGCGCCCCCAAAGUCGGUGUCCACCUCUUGGAGCCGACCUCUCGGGAUGGGGCGUCCCAGCCUCCACCACCUCCCCCGCCGCCGCCCCCCAUGCCUCUCCAGCUGGAGGCCCACUUGAGGGGCCAUGGCCUGGAGCCGGGGGCCCCCAGUCCCCGCCUGCGCCCCGAGGAGAGCCUGGAGCCGCCCGGGGCCAUGCAGGAGUUGCUGGGGGCCCUGGAGCCGUUGCCCCCUGGGCCUGGGGACACACCCACCGCUGAGGGCAAGGAUCCCGUGGCAGCCUACCGCAGCCCCAGCCCACAGGGCCCCAAGGCACCCCGGUUUGUGCCGCUCACUUCCAUCUGCUUCCCCGACUCCCUGCUUCAGGACGAGGAGCGCAGUUUUUUCCCCACCAUGGAGGAGAUGUUUGGGGGUGCUGCCGCGGACGACUACGGCAAGGCCGGGGCCCCCGAGGACGAGGGCGACCCCAAGGCGGGCACCGGGCCACCUCCAGGCCCUGCCACUUACGAUCCCUAUGGGGCCUAUUGCUCGGCCCGGGCGCCCGGAGCCGGGCCGGACACGCCGGGGCUGGGCCUGGACCCCAGCAAGCCGCCCGAGCUGCCCUCGACAGUUAACGCUGAGCCGCUGGGCCUGAUCCAGAGCGGACCCCACCAGGCGGCACCCCAACCCCCGCCGCCGCCACCCCCGCCGCCCCCCGCCUCGGAGCCCAAGGGAGGCCUCACCUCGCCCAUCUUCUGCUCCACCAAGCCAAAGAAGCUGCUCAAGACGUCGUCCUUCCACCUGCUGCGACGCCGUGACCCCCCAUUCCAGACCCCCAAGAAGCUCUACGCCCAAGAGUACGAGUUUGAGGCCGACGAGGACAAGGCUGACGUGCCGGCCGACAUCCGCCUGAACCCCCGACGCCUGCCCGACCUGGUCUCCAGCUGCCGCUCGCGCCCGGCCCUCUCGCCGCUGGGUGACAUCGACUUCUGUCCCCCCAACCCGGGCCCCGACGGGCCCCGACGGCGAGGCCGCAAGCCCACCAAGGCCAAGAGAGAUGGACCACCCCGACCCCGGGGCAGACCCCGCAUUCGCCCACUGGAGGUACCCACCACUGCCGGCCCUGCCUCGGUGUCCACUCCCGCCGAUGGUGCCAAGAAGCCGAGAGGUCGGGGCCGAGGCCGGGGCAGGAAGGCCGAAGAGGCGGGAGGCACCCGGCUGGAGCCCCUAAAACCGCUGAAGAUCAAGCUAUCUGUACCCAAGGCUGGCGAGGGGCUCGGCCUGGCGCCUGGCGACCUGGUCUCAGCCACCGACCACAACAGUCUGGACUCAAGCCUGACACGGGAGAAGAUCGAGGCGAAGAUCAAGGAGGUGGAGGAGAAGCAGCCAGAGAUGAAAUCGGGGUUCAUGGCCUCCUUCCUGGACUUCCUCAAAUCGGGCAAGCGCCACCCACCCCUCUACCAGGCCGGCCUGACGCCCCCGCUCAGCCCCCCCAAGAGCGGGCCCCCCACCGUGCCCGCCCGGGUUCUGCAGCCACAGCCCCCCAGCGCCCCGGCUGUGCCGCACCCGCCACCUACUGGCGCCUUCGGGUUAGGGGGCGCCCUGGAGGCGGCGGAGAGUGAGGGGCUAGGGCUGGGCUGCCCGUCGCCUUGCAAGAGGCUGGACGAAGAGCUGAAACGCAACCUGGAGACUCUACCAUCUUUCUCCUCCGACGAGGAGGACUCGGUGGCCAAGAACCGGGACCUGCAGGAAAGCAUCUCCUCGGCCAUCUCUGCCCUGGAUGACCCACCCCUGGCCGGGCCCAAGGACACGUCUCCACCAGACGGGCCCUCUCCGCUGGCCCCCGAGGCUGCUGUGCCCGGCCCGCCCCCUCUCCCGGGUCUCCCCAGUGCCAACAGCAACGGCACACCAGAGCCCCCGCUGCUGGAAGAGAAGCCCCCUCCGUCGCCGCCCCCUGCCCCGACGCCCCCGCCACCUGCUCUGCCCUCGCCACCCCCUCUGGUGAGCCCUGCGCCCAGCUCGCCACCACCACCGCCGCCGCCGCCGCCACCGCCGCCGCCACCCCCAGUGCCCCCCGCACUACCCUCGCCACCACCGCCGCCGCCGCCCCCUCCACCACCGCCACUGCCACCACCACCACCACCAGUCCCGGCCCCCCAGCCUGCCACUGCCGCCGCCCCGACGCCUGAGGAGCCCCCAGCCGCGUCCCCCGAUGACCCAGAGCCUCCCGAUGCGCGGCCGCUACACUUGGCCAAGAAGCAGGAAACGGCAGCUGUUUGCGGGGAGACCGACGAGGAGGCGGGCGAAAGCGGGGGCGAGGGCAUCUUCCGGGAGCGGGACGAGUUCGUCAUCCGUGCAGAGGACAUCCCCUCCCUCAAGCUGGCACUGCAGACGGGCCGUGAACCGCCCCCCAUCUGGCGCGUCCAGAAGGCCUUGCUGCAGAAGUUCACCCCCGAGAUCAAAGACGGUCAGCGGCAGUUUUGCGCCACCAGCAACUAUUUGGGAUAUUUCGGGGACGCCAAAAAUCGUUACCAGCGCCUUUAUGUGAAGUUCCUAGAAAACGUCAAUAAGAAAGAUUAUGUGCGGGUCUGUGCCCGCAAGCCCUGGCACCGACCCCCGGCGCCUGUCAGGCGUUCCGGACAGUCCAAGGGACCCACAUCUGUGGGAGGUAGCUCCGCACCUCCUCCCAAGGCCCCACCCCCACCUCCAAAGCCUGAGACCCCCGAGAAGGCGCCGUCUGAGAAAGCCCCGGAGCAGCCCCCUGAGCCGGCCAUGCCUGAACCCCCUCCUGCAGAUAAAGCUUCCCCGCCUCGGCUUGGGGAGAAGGAAAAAGAGAAGGAGAAGGAGAAAGAACGGGGUGUGCGGGGUGAACGGCUGCUUCGGGGCGCAGGCGGGCGGCAGGCCCGGCCAGAGCGGAACCUGGCUGCAGGUCCCCCCGCCACUGCCCGGCUCCCCAAGGCUCGGCCCACCAAGGUGAAGGCAGAGCCGCCCCCCAAGAAAAGGAAGAAGUGGCUGAAGGAGGCGGCUGGGAAUGCGUCGGCGGGGGGUGGCCCCCCAGGCAGCUCCUCAGAUUCAGAAUCGUCCCCCGGAGCCCCCAGCGAGGAUGAGCGGGUUGUCCCCGGGCGCCUGCUGAAAACACGGGCCAUGCGGGAAAUGUACCGGAGCUACGUGGAGAUGCUCGUAAGCACCGCACUCGACCCAGACAUGAUCCAGGCCCUGGAGGACACGCAUGAUGAGCUGUACCUCCCACCCAUGCGGAAGAUCGAUGGACUCCUUAACGAGCACAAGAAGAAGGUCCUGAAGCGGCUGUCGCUGAGCCCAGCCCUGCAGGACGCCCUGCACACGUUCCCCCAACUACAAGUGGAGCAGAGCGGGGAGGGCUCCCCAGAAGAGGCGGCUGUGCGGCUGCGGCCGGCGGGGGAACCCUACAACCGGAAGACACUCAGCAAACUCAAAAGGAGCGUGGUCCGAGCCCAGGAGUUCAAGGUGGAACUGGACAAGUCGGGCUACUACACGCUCUACCACUCGCUCCACCACUACAAGUACCACACCUUCCUGCGCUGCCGGGACCAGACCCUGGCUGUGGAGGGCGGCGCCGAGGACCUGGGCCAGGAGGAGGUGGUGCAGCAGUGCAUGCGGAACCAGCCCUGGCUCGAGCAGCUCUUCGACUCCUUCAGCGACCUGUUGGCCCAAGCGCAGGCGCACAGCCGCUGCGGGUGACCCCCCCGAGCCGUCCUCAGGGCCCUGCGCCGGGGGGGCCCCCCUCCCCGGCCUCCUCACCCCGUGCCCCCCACUGUCCGGUGUACAGAGAAAUUAUUUAUAUAUAUGUAUAAAUGUCUAUUUAGUAACGGUUCUCGCCCGCCCCAGUGACCCCCCCCUCCAAGGCCACCGCCCCGCUCCCCACCUUGUACAUAAUGUAUAGGAAAUGUCUACGUAUGGCUGAGGGCGGCGGGGCGGCUUCAGCGAGCUGGGGGUCCCCCACCCCUGCACCCCCACUUCCCAUCAGGCCAAGAUCUUUGCUAACGGCCAUUCCCUCCCCAGGGCAUUUGGCGUAGGGGUGGGAGGGGGAAGAAAACGCAUCUUGUUAAUUAUUUUUAAUCUUAUUUAUUGUACAUAACCGGGGCAGGGACUGGGGAGGUGGCGGGGUGAAGGGUUCCCCCCCUUUGUCCCUCCCACCCCUUUUCUACUGCGGAUGUGUCGGUGUCUGCCCCCCUCCCGCGCCCCCUUCGUCGUCCGGAUGUGGUUCUAUUUUUUAUCGGUCACCUGUUCCCCCCCUCGUCCGAGCCUUCGAGCCCCACUCCCUGUCCCCCCAAUCCUCCUCCGUCUCUCGCUCUUCUUUGGGCUUCUGUACAACUACACUUGUAAACACUGUACACAACCAGCCAAACAAAACCCCAAACGUCAAAACUCGA